GACACUGGAAACAAUGGUGGCUCGGGGCUGGGGGCCAAAGCGCGAGCGCUGGAGGGCGGGGGUGACUAAGGGAGUUUCUGCUUCUCAGGCCUAGCUCUGCGGGGUCUGGCGGAGAGCCCCAGCGGCGGCACCCCGGGAACCUGAGGUGUUGAUUUAGGGCUCAGCUCCGGCUGGCCUUCUGCCUACAUCCUGCGGCGCCCGCGUCCCCCUGCGGAUCCAGCGCCGGGUUUUGUGAUUCGCCUGCAUGUAGCGGCCCCGCCCGGAACCACUAGCCCGAGGACAGGAUCCCUGUGGCCUCCGACUCCGCCGGGGUCCCCGCCUUCCACCCCUGGGGACCGCGCGGCUGUGGGCGGGCUGCCCUACAGAGCAGCCCCGCAGCGCCGUCACGUUCGGGGCUUGGUCAGAGCCAGUCUCCUCAGAUCCCCGAGAUCUUUCUACAGUGGCACCUCCCAGCGAGGCCUCUCGUCACCGCGCCAUCCGAAUUAGCGACCCACUCACUCUCCAUCACAUCACCCCGCUUUAAUCCGCAGCGGGGCAUUUCUUUCAGCCUUGUGUAUCUUCCGUGUUUGUUUAUUGCGUGUUUCUGGAAUGUCCGCUCCACGGGGCAAUAAUGGCAGUGUUUUUCCGCCGCGGGGCCGCGCGCUCAGUGCCUGGGACCCUGCCCUGGCGGGUCGCAGUGUGGCGUGAUACUUGCUGAAUGACUGAACUUUGUCGCGGGCAGUAGAAGAGGCGGAGGGGCUGCCCUUUCUCUUGGGGGCGGGGCUUGUUCAGGCCCCGCCCGUGGACCAGCCCCCAGGUCCAGCCAGCUCCUCCCAUUCUCCCGGGAGUAGGCUCGGGGCUUUACGGUGCGUUUUCCCCUGGCCUCCCUCGCAUUUUCUGAAGCUGUCGCGAAAACCCGGAGCGGCGGAACCGUAAAGCGGCGGAGCGGCGCCGCCCCUCGCGGCACCUCCCCAACAGCCCUCGGCGGCGGUGCUGGGCAUGCUCAGUCGGCAGGGCCGCUUCAGCUCUCGGAGUAGGAAGCUAGGGCGCUCCGGCUGUAAGGAGCCGCGGCGGGGGGAAAAUGGAGCCCUUCACCAAUGAUCGGCUUCAGCUCCCCAGGAACAUGAUUGAAAACAGCAUGUUUGAGGAAGAACCAGAUGUGGUGGAUUUAGCCAAAGAGCCUUGUUUACACCCUCUGGAGCCUGACGAGGUGGAAUAUGAGCCCCGGGGCUCCCGACUGCUGGUGCGCGGUCUUGGUGAGCAUGAGAUGGACGAGGACGAAGAGGAUUACGAGUCAUCUGCAAAGCUGCUGGGCAUGUCCUUCAUGAACAGAAGCUCAGGCCUUCGGAACAGUGUGGCCGGCUACAGGCAGAGCCCAGAUGGACCCUGUUCCGUGCCCUCGGCGAGGACCAUAGGGGUCUGCGCUUUGGUCAUUUUGGUCGCUGUUUCUGUAAUCAUGGUGAUUUAUCUACUGCCCAGGUGUACCUUUACCAAAGAAGGGUGCCAUAAGAAAAACCAAUCCAUGGGACUAAUCCAGCCGGUUGCGACCAAUGGGAAGCUGUUUCCGUGGGCUCAAGACAGGCUGCCCACUGCCAUCAUGCCACUACGCUAUGAACUUACCCUACACCCAAACCUAACCUCAAUGACAUUUACAGGUUCUGUGACGAUUUCACUCCAGGCUCUUCAGGCCACUUGGAAUAUUAUUCUUCACAGCAAAUGCCAUAAUAUUUCAAGAGCGACCUUUAUGUCAGCAGCUUCAAGCCAGGAAAAACAAGUUGAGGUCUUGGAAUAUCCAUUUCAUGAACAAAUCGCCAUUGUCGCCCCUGAAACCCUUCUUGAAGGGCAGAAUUAUACCUUGAAGAUAGAGUACUCAGCCAAUAUAUCUAGCUCUUACAGUGGGUUUUAUGGCAUCUCCUACACAGAUGAAAGUAAAGAGAAAAAGUACUUUGCAGCAACUCAGUUUGAACCGCUGGCAGCUAGAUCUGCUUUUCCUUGUUUUGAUGAACCAGCGUUUAAAGCCACAUUCAUCAUCAGGAUCAUAAGGGAGGAGCAAUACACUGCUUUAUCCAAUAUGCCUAAGACAUCAUCAGUCCCUGUAGAAGAUGGACUUGUUCAGGAUGAGUUUUCUGAGAGCGUGAAGAUGAGCACUUACCUAGUUGCUUUCAUUGUCGGGGAGAUGAAGAACCUGAGUCAGGACGUAAAUGGAACCCUGGUUUCUAUAUAUACUGUGCCACAAAAGAUUGGUCAAGUUCACCAUGCCUUGGAAACAACUGUGAAGCUUCUUGAGUUUUAUCAAAACUACUUUGAAAUUCAAUACCCACUUAAGAAAUUGGAUUUGGUGGCUAUUCCUGACUUCGAAGCAGGAGCGAUGGAAAAUUGGGGUUUGCUCAACUUCCGAGAAGAGGCACUUCUGUAUGACAAUGUUACUUCUUCGGUGGUAGACAGAAAACUGGUUACUAAAGUCAUUGCUCACGAGCUGGCGCAUCAGUGGUUUGGUAAUCUGGUGACAAUGCAGUGGUGGAACGAUCUGUGGCUAAAUGAAGGUUUUGCUACUUUCAUGGAGUAUUUCUCUUUGGAAAAAAUAUUUGAAGAGCUCUACAGUUAUGAAGAUUUCUUAGCUGCUCUACUUAAAACCAUGAAGAAAGAUUCCUUGAAUUCAUCUCAUCCAAUAUCAUUAUCAUCGGUUCAAUCUUCAGAACAGAUUGAAGAAAUGUUUAAUUCUCUGUCAUAUUUUAAGGGAGCGUCUCUCUUGUUGAUGCUGAAAACUUACCUUGGUGAAGACGUAUUUCAACGUGCCGUUGUUCUUUACCUGCGUAAGCAUAGCUAUGGAUCCACUCAGAGUGAUGAUCUGUGGGAUAGUUUUAAUGAGGUCACAAACAAAACGCUAGAUGUAAAGAAAAUGAUGAAAACUUGGACCCUGCAGAAAGGAUUUCCUUUAGUGACUGUUCACAGAAACAGAAAGGAGCUUGUUGUACAACAAGAAAGAUUCUUUUUAAAUAUGAAGCCCGGAGUCCAGCCUUCGGGUGAAAGCUACCUGUGGCAUAUUCCACUAACCUUUGUCACUGAGGGAAGAAAUUAUUCAAGCUAUCAAUCGGUAUUACUGGAAACGCAAUCAGAUAUCAUCAAUCUUACAGAAGAAGUGCAGUGGAUCAAAGUCAAUACAAACAUGACUGGCUAUUAUAUUGUGCACUAUGGAGAUGAUGACUGGGAGGCGCUAAUCAAACAGUUGAAAAUAAAUCCUUAUGUCUUGAGUGACAAAGACCGAGCCAACCUCAUCAACAACAUCUUUCAACUUGCAGGCCUAGGCAAAGUGCCUCUUCAGAGGGCCUUUGAUUUGAUUGAUUACCUUAGAAAUGAGAACUGUACUGCACCCAUCACUGAAGCCCUGUUCCAGACAGACCUCAUCCAUAACCUCCUUGAAAACCUAGGAUACACAGAUCUGGCCUCAAGAUUGGUGACCAGGGUAUUUAAAUUGCUUCAAAGCCAAAUUCAACAGCAGAUGUGGACUGAUGAGGGCACCCCAUCUAGUCGAGAGCUGCGGUCAGUCUUGCUAGAAUUUGCUUGUACCUAUAACGUCGGGAACUGCAACGCUACUGCCGUGAAGCUAUUUGACGAUUGGAUGGCAUCCAAUGGAACUCUAAGCCUACCUACUGAGGUCAUGGCCACCGUGUUCAAAGUUGGAGCAAAAACCGAAAAAGGCUGGUUAUUCCUCUUAAGCAAGUACAUGUCUUUAGGCUCUGAAGCUGAGAAGAAUAAAAUACUUGAAGCUCUUGCCAGCUCGGAGGAUGUAUGGAAACUUUACUGGUUAAUGAAAACUAGCCUUAGUGGAGACAACAUCCGAACACAAAAGUUGUCGUUUAUCAUUACAAAAGUGGGCCAGCGUUUUCCUGGACACUUACUGGCAUGGGAUUUUGUCAAAGAGAACUGGAAUAAGCUUGUACAGAAGUUCCGUCUGGGAUCCUAUACCAUGCACAGUAUUGUUGCUGGAUCAACUCACCUGUUUUCAACAAAAGCACAUUUGUCUGAGGUCCAAGCAUUCUUUGAAAAUCAAUCAGAGGCAACCUCUCAGCUUCGUUAUGUCCAGGAGGCUUUGGAAGUCAUUCAGUUGAAUAUCCAGUGGAUGGAGAAGAACCUUAAAACUCUGACAUGGUGGCUGUAGCACCCACAGCUGCACCUCAUUUUGUCGCCCAUUCGGAGAGCUUGUUAGUAAUAACGUGGGCUCUGCUGCUUCUGCAAAAUCCAAGGUGAAGCCAAGGGUCGCUUCCAAGUUGUUUGCACUCUUAGGAGUUCUGGUUAGCUCAGGGCCUGUCUGUACUUUUCAUCUGUCUUUUCUGAAAUGUCUUUGGGCAGUGUGUAGUUAUUUAUUACCAAAUUAUAGUCACCUAUAUGCCAACCAUCUACAAAAACAAUGAGUAAUUUUCUUACUUUGAAGAUAUACAAAUAGGGGGGAGGGGAAUAUCUGUUUUGGAAUUCUGUUCGAUUUCUCAGUAUCUGGAAAAUACUGACACCAUGAAACAAGGAAGGAUCUACCAUGGGAGCCACCAUCUUUGCAGGCUGCUGGUUUGUCAGCCAUUUGUUGCUUCUUGUUGAGAGAUGUUAGUUGAAUGUGGUACAAAGUUCGCUUCAGAGAGUGUGGCCAUGGAGUUGAUGGAGCACGUGACGCAGAGAACUG